AUGGAUUGCAUAGUGGCUGCGUCUACCGGCGCUUUGAAAGGGAUAAACUUUCGUGAAAAUUCGUUCACGAAUUUAUCGCCAAUCAAAACUUUGGCUCCAAAGCAAGAUGAAAUUACAAGCAUGAUCUGGACAGGCACGGGACAGUCAGAAGUAUUGGCAGCCUUACUCGAUCGCAGUUUGAAGUUGUAUGACGCUCAGAAAAACACGUUCGAUCCCAUGUUCAAGAUAACAGGAGGCGAAGGCGCAGUGCAAGGGUUGCAUAGCCUGAACAACGGAAAAUUCAUUUCUUGUGUGGAAUCGGGCCAGGUCAAAGUUUGGAACGAAUCUGGCGAAAGUACUGGGGAAUGGGAAGCAGGUGUAGGUGUGAAAGUGAUGAGAGGUUCAAAUGAGCGCAAAGAACUUCUUACCGGUGGUUCAAAACAUUUGAUAAAAACAUGGGAUAUGGAAACGGGAAAGCAUGUGUGGUCGGCAAGAAACGUACCGCUAGAUAAGCUUGGAUUGGAGGUACCUGUAAUGUGCACGGAUGCACGAUAUGUUAAUGAGUCUGGUACUAUUGUGGAAGCGACGAAAGUACAUGAGAUACGAUUGUACGAUCCUCGUGCGCAACGUCGACCAGUUAAGAAAAUUCCAUUCAUGGACGUUCCGAUCACUGCUGUUAGUCGAUGCUACAGAAACAAUCACAUUCUGGCAGCUAAUUCUAUUGGUGAAAUGGGACUUUUUGAUUUGCGAAGCAAAAUUAAUCCUGUUUGCAAAUACAAAGGGCAAGCUGGGGCCAUCCGCUCAAUAGAUGCGCACCCAACUGCUCCUUACGUAGCAACUUGUGGCAUUGACCGAUUCGUUCGAAUUCAUGAAAUAGACACGAAGAAGCUUGCCAGUAAGGUCUACUGUAAAACUCGGCUCAACAGAGUUCUAAUCAGAUCUGAAUUGCCUAGUCUGUUAACAGUCAUAGAGAAAAACGACGAACAGGAAUGGAGAGAAUUAAAGAAUGAAAUGAAUUGUGACAGCGAGGAUUCAUCAGGAAGUGCAUCUGAUGGUGAUGAGUCAACCGACGAAUGUACAUGGAAAAAAUUGGUUGUGAGUGAUGAUGAUCAAAAUUCUGUGAGGAAACAACAUUUAUGUGUUCCCCAUAGAAAACGUAAAGAGGAUGAAGCGAUUGUGGUCGGAGCGAGAGAUGACGAAGAUCAACCUGCAUUGAAAAGAAGAAAAGUGACUAAGUCAAAGAAGCGAAGAGAAGAGGCAGCUGCUGAAGAGGAAAAUACGGAACCUUGCAAGAAGGCGAAAAUUGUGGACGGUGUGAAACAACAAGAAGAAGGAAAAGUGGAAGUGAAGGAAGAGGAAGAUGAAUUGCCACCAAAGAGAAGGAAAAAGUUUGGAAAACCGGAGAAGUGUUAG